CACGAACAACGCCCCCGUCCCCAGGCACAACUCACAGAUGCUACUGAGUACAGUACUCGUACAGUAGCAUUACUCAGCCCCUUUCCCUUGGAAACCAGAAGCCCGGAAGUGAGCCGCACAGACGCUUCUCAAUGACGCAAUGUGCUGUGACAUUCCAAAUCAUCCAUCACCUCCGUCCGUUGCACCCGUCUGUCGCCUUUCCGAAAGGAUGCACCCCAACUGAUUCCGGCCACCGGUCUACGAGUACUCGAGUACCGGUAUGCCCACCGCCGUACCCUUAUAUAACCCCCUCACGCCGACAGGCUGACCACUCUGACAACACCAAUCUUCCCCUCCCUCUUCCUAACGCUCUCGACAACCUGAAUGUUCCCGUCCCUCCUCUCCCGCUUCUUUCGUCCCUUCUCAGCCAGCAAGUUCACCGUGGGUCCUAUUGGUAGCGGCAUGUCCCUCCCGGAGACCACCGAAAAGGCUACAUUCGCCGCUGGGUGAAUAUACCCCCCCCCCCCGCUAGUGUUUUUUAAUACCGGUACUGAUAAUGUGUGGGGAAAAAAGCUGCUUCUGGGGUGUCGAACAUCUCUUCCGAAAACACUUUGCAGGCAAAGGCCUGUUGGAUGCUCGGGUCGGCUACAUAGGUGGGGCUAGCACCCACCCCACCUACCAUUCCGUUUGCUCCGGGAAAACUGGCCGUAUGUACCUACCGACAUUCCCUUCUUGCUCUCCCCUGCUGACAUUACCAAAGACGCCGAAGCGCUCCAAAUUUUCUAUAACCCUUCGGCAAUCUCUUACGAGAAGCUCCUAGAAUUCUUCUUCAAGAUGCACGACCCGGUAACGGUGGAUCGUCAGGGACCAGAUGUUGGAUCUCAGUAUCGCUCGGCGAUAUUCUUUCACAAUGAACAGCAGGAGAAAGCUGCUAGGGAGACGCUGGAGAAGGUCGGGGCGCAGUGGUAUAAGGUCGAUAUGGCGACGCAGGUGAUCCCCGCUGGGGAUUGGUGGGAUGCAGAGGACUAUCACCAACUCUAUCUGGAGAAUAGUGAGUCUUCCUAUCCAGCUCGUUGGCCCCCGAUAGGGAAGAGGGAGGGAAGGGUUCUAACACUUGGGUUACAGAUCCAGGAGGUUAUGAGUGUCCUUCGCAGUAAGUUUCCUGUUCACAUGACUGUUUGUUGCGGAAAGAGGUGCUGAUGAGGGUGUAGCUAUGUUCGAGACUUUGAACCGCUUACUUGAUUGGUUGGUUGUGAAUUGCCAAUCGGUGGAUGGCUGUGCUUUGUGAGGUUGUUUCUCUUUUUUUCAAAUAUACCUGGUGACCAGACCAGCGUGAGCCUGGCUCAAGGACAGUUUCUUUGGGAUGAUGAUGGGUCUUGGGCGCUGAAGUCUUGGUUUCGGUCUUUGUACACGAGUGAUUUUUCAUGAAAUUUUGUUCCGGUUAGUCAGUGUUUUGCACAACGUGAGGGACCCAAACAAGCUAGGAAUGCUAGAAGGAAUUGUCGAUUGUUACUUGGCUACAGUAGCUAAUAGGUUCGAGAGAAGAAGAAGAAGAAGCGGGUGGGGCUAAGUUUAGACCUCGCUCCUGGUUGUUGAUCGGAGGUGGAGGAUUAGUGAUUAUUCGUGAACGAGCAAA